CCUAUGCGUGCCUAGUACCGCGACAGCAACCUUUGGAGAGCUCCCAAUCUCACCAGGCUGGCGCACGGACUUCGCUCGCGACUUAUUAUCGGGACGGCUGCCUGCAUCUCGAUCAAAUCCGCACCACUUACCCACAACAACAGCAACCCAAACAUUCGACCAGCGAAAAUGGCGCCCUCAACUCGCCUGCAAUCUCAGCCAGAAAUGCGUGUCAAUUACGCUCCAACUACUAGUCGAACAGGUACACGCGGUAAUCCCAUUCUUCUCGAAGAGGCGCCCCCCGAAGCAGCUGCUCGUCGCCCGCUAGGCCAGAUUAUCCAGACUGCCCGAAAAUCCACGACCCGCGUUGAGGCGGGGGGCGUUGCCAAACCCAAAGCGGAGCCAAAGAAAGCUGUCGAGGUAGCGUCAAAGUCCAAGGGAAGGGAACACGCGCGGCAAGAGUGCUCUAUCUGCGCUACAACGAAGACCAUGGCUCGAUCUUUCAAGGUGCUAAAGAUUGAGGAUGCAUGUGAGCACCUUCAGGGCAUCUGCUACGCGUGUAUCCAGAAGAUGCUCAAAGCCAAGGUGGUGGAGCGACAGCUCACCGAGGCAGAGCUAGCUUGCCCGUUUCCGGACUGCGAUCAUGUUCUUGACUACAUGGCAUUGAAGAUGACGGUCACCAAGGCGGCAUUCGAACAAUACGACACAGCCCUCGCCAAGCGUCUUCUCUCCGCCGAUGAAUUCUACAUCGCCUGUCUCUCCCGGAAGUGCGGCAUGUACUUUUCCAUAGAGGGUUGCAAGAGCGAUAAGCGCGGCAAGCAGAAGAUCGCAUGCCCAUAUUGCGAGUACGAAAUUUGUUCCAAGUGCAACCGUCCCUGGAAGUCUCAUGGUACCGAUGGCUGCAACAAGGCCAAGGAGAAGGAAGACAGGGCAUCUGAGAAGAUGGUCAAGGCUCUUGGUGCGAAGCCUUGCCCACAAUGUGGCUUGAACAUUCAGAAGAAUGGUGGCUGUGACCACAUGACUUGUCAGCACUGCCGCCAACACUUCUGCUGGCAAUGCCUAGUCCUAUAUUCCAACAACUUCCAACAUGCCGAAGGCUGCAUUCAUGGCCAGGUCAACGUCGCCGCCGACCCUAGGAACUGGGCUGCCGAUAACCUCAACGGCGCGCAGAUGAACCAUCUGAUCCACCAGGCUCAUGCACGCCUCACCAACAUGGCUCUGAACCCACCAGCACCUCUUCCCGCUCCUGCGUGGGCCCCUGCCGCGCCGCCUCAGCCAGUCCCUGAUGCUGCUCCUCGCCUAAACAUGCAACUGCUGCGUGCUCAAGCUCCGAUCCAAUUCCACGCUAGAAUCUUCAACUUCUUGGGAUUUGGGGGUGGUAAUGGCGGCGACCUAUGAGUAAGGUGACGGUAGGAUUUGUCCCAAGUUCCCUUGGCUUGGAUUCGAAUCAUUACGCUGAGUAGGAUAAGUUGCUAGGGAGCGAUGAAAGGAUAUGACGAUUUCACGGCGUGCGGCCUUCAUGAAUUUUGAUAAUGACGAUAUUGGUCCAUGUAGCUACUAAAGAUGAUUACACUGUACGAAGACGUGUCUGUCAUAUAGUAUAGUAGUACAUGAGAUACCUAGACCUU